AUGGAAAAAAUUAAAGUAAAUAUAGAACGUUUAUACUCGCUGGUAACAGAAUUAUCAACUAACAUAAUGCCCGUAUUAAGAGAAGCGUCUUGUACUGAACUACUCAAUAACGGUAUCACACAAUGCCGUGAAAGAGGAACUGUUAAACUACGGAACGGAAUUGUGGUUUACUGUGACCAAACUACAGAUGGUGGGGGUUGGACAGUAUUUCAGAGAAGACUGAAUGGACAGGUAGAUUUCUAUCGUAACUGGACUGAGUAUAAAAAUGGAUUUGGCGAUGUAAACGGCGAGUUCUGGCUCGGAAAUGAUCAUUUGAGUUCACUGACAGCAAGUGGAGAACAUGAACUUAGAGUAGAGUUGGAAGAAUUUGUUGGAAAAAGUGCAUAUGCCAAGUAUAGCAAAUUUAAGAUAUAUCCAGAAGAAGACAACUACAAACUGGAGGUGAGUGGAUAUAGUGGAACUGCCCCGGAUGCCCUAAAUUAUCAUAAUAGGAUGAUGUUCUCAACUUUUGACAGAGACAAUGAUAAUACUUCAUCAACAAAUUGUGCUGUUGAGUAUCAUGGCGCUUGGUGGUAUAAAAGUUGUUACUAUUCAAAUCUCAACUGACAGUAUUCCGAAAAAAGUUA